AUGGAGUAUUAUUGCAAAAAUUCAUGGCAGAGUGGUCAUUUCAUUGGGAGAGUAAAGAGCCACGAUGAGCUCAUCGAAAACGCUCGCAAACUCAUUCAAGACUUUCAAAAUGCCCGUUCAGAAAUCGGCGAUGGCAUUCCAUCUCUCGUCGAAACCGCCAUCGAACUGGAAGAACUCGACAAGUCGGUCGCCCUCGUCCAACAAGAGGAGUCGCUUCGCACCGCAGCAGUGAUCAGAGAGAUAAAGAGCACAGUCAGGAGUGUCCACUAUCAAAGCUGGGAAGCCGUUCGAAUAGUCGGGAAGAAAAAGAAGGCUGUAGAGAAGAAUGGCCCAGAUGCUAUGGUCCCGAAGAGAUAUUUCCAUUCAUUCAGACCCAUGCCCAAGUGGGUUAUCAGGUCUAAAGAUAAACUUGAUGAAGCUAUCUUGUGCGCGCAGGUUGGAAUAUUCGGAAAUGAACAGGAUGGGUUUUCGAUCCAGUCCGAUAAGGUGUUUGAGAUGAAUGGAAAGGUUAAGGAUGCUCUUGGUAUUCACAUGGUUCUUGCUUUGAGAUUGUGGGAUGAGCCAACUGACAUCGUCGGUCGGACUGUCUCUCCUGACGAUGAAUCCAAGGGCGAGGGAGCUCAUCAGCAUGAUACAGCUGUCGAGGGGUUAGAUAAUGAGAAGCCUGAUGAAGAGGUGGGUUGUGUCUACGAUAACAUUACCCUUGAUCAGGCGCGUGCUAUGGCUGGUGAAGUUGGGGUGCAAGCUUGGACUGAAGCAGCCCGGUUACAACCUCUAAGAAGGAAACACUAA